ACUAUGCGUAAACAGUGAAAAUAAGAGGCAAAAGUGGGUGUACCGCAACAGGCAAGGUGUUGUGUGGGAUCAGAACUGGUUUUGCACUAACCGCAUGUUUCAUCCAGGACAGAAGCUUGAUUCGUUUUUUGCCGUUUGUUCUUUAUUCACCAUGUUUUUCCGAGCAGGAUGUCUUCCUCGGGCGGCAUGGACCGGUUGCCGAAGAAUGGGGAAUUUAACAUCCUCCAGUGCUGGAGGUCUGUCCAGCACAGCAUGUGCACAGUAUGUUCAGGAGGUGGUGACACAGAACUGCGUUGUUAUAUUUUCCAAGACCACCUGCCCUUAUUGUAAAAUGGCCAAAAAUGUGUUCAAUGAAAUCGGUGCGACCUACAAAGUAGUUGAACUGGAUGAGCACAACGAUGGGAGAAGACUGCAGGAGGCCUUAGCUCGGAUGACCGGUGCCAGAACGGUGCCGAGAGUCUUCAUCAAUGGCAACUGUAUCGGGGGCGGCUCCGACACCAAGCAGCUCCAUCAGCAGGGGAAGCUGGUGCCCCUCAUCGAGCAGUGUGCUCCCUGCUGCGCUGCCAGCAGCUCUGACGGCUCAGGCAGCGGACAGUUUGAAUCUGCUAAAUGACUAACCGUUCUUGGCGUGUUUUUCAACCCUGUAUUUAUUCAAUGUUUGCUUGAUCUCUUGCUGCAAGUUGUACAUUGCUUGAGAAUGUUAUUUAUAUAUCAAAGUUCACUGGGUACUUGAUGCUGAAACUACACACAUUUUCAUUCAGGGAUGUACAGUAUUAUUAUUACCAUUAUUAUUAUUAAAGGCAUUAGAGGAGAUUUAAUUUCCUACGACUUUGAACGUAGCAAUCGCAUGCGCACAUACAACCUCUCCCUCACCCCCCUCUAACCUCCCCCCUCUUAACAUUUACGAAGAAACGCCCCCCUCCAGAAACUUGCGUAGCACUCGUGAAGUUGUCUUUUACGGCUGUGUCCCCCUGGAUCUUUAUCUGCCAUUAUGUCACAAAAGAUGAGCAAAACAAGUCGCCAACGAAGUACGAAACUAUACCAAAGCAACACAUACAGAAAAACGUAAGUCCAAGGCGUACGUAAUCUACGUAACUAGGCCUGAGCCGGAAGAUUUUUGAUUGACAGGAAAGGGAGCAAACCAAACGCCUCGGUCCGAGCGCAUUGAUUGGCUGAUGUUUUCGCAUUGAUUGGCUGAUGUUUUCCAGGUCCUGCCAUGUCCACAGUUAUUUAUUUAUUUAUUUUUAUUCUUUUAGAGACCAUAGAUACAAGUCCACUAAAGGUCAGUAUAUUCAUUUUAUGUGAAUCAGACAAAUUAAACAAAAAAAAAAAACAUCCUCCAUAAUGCCUUUAAAGGAUCCGUCUUUUAAACAACAACUGUGAACAGUGGAACUGCUUCUCAUACUUCUCUUCUGCACAAUUUUUUUAUGAAUAUGUUUUACAGUUGAACAAUAGGAUGCAUCACUGAACUGUGAACAAUAUCAUGUUCUGGGUCGUUUCUAUUGAUGGUCCAUGUCUUGCAAGAGCAAAAAAAAAAAAAAUGCAUUUUGUAUAUUUAGCACAUUUUAAUUGUGCUCUUAUUCUGACAUUUCAGUUAUUUGAAUAACUAUGUGAAAAAUUGUAGUCAUUUUGUAUAUUUUACUAUUUUUUUCUAUCACUAUAAAUGGGAUUUUAUCAUUUGGUAGUGUGUCUCAGAAUUUCUCUGAUAUUGGGUAGGUUGUUACUUUAUUAAACAGGUGAAUUGAUGAGGAAUCGUGAUGCUGGUUUGUGUUGAAAGUCAGAGCCACUCAUGUUAAUGCAUUGAAUGUAUGUGUUUAAAUAUGAACAAAUAUGAAUUAAAGUCCGUUAUCAGCU